UGUUAUUUAUACACAUGUAUAUUUUUCAAAGUAUUUAAUGAUCCACAGUAGUCUAUUAUAAUUCUAAUUGAUGAUUUGCAAACAUAACCAAUGUUUAAGGUUAGGUGUUCAGUGAAUGACUAUUGGAUCAGUUUAUAUUUUAUUUAAAUUAAAAGACAUUAAUACCCAAACAAAUUCUGGAUUUCUUUAAACUAAAGUCAACAAAUGACAGUCAAAAGCUAAUAAGAUGAUAGCUGUUCAUUGUGGAGCUGGGUAUCACAGCAGCAAACAGCAUAGACACUACAACAAAUUAUCCAAAAAAGCCUGCAAUGCGGGUAUGGAAGUUAUUAGGAAUCACGGUUCAGCUUUGGAAGCUGUCAAAGCUGCAGUUAUGGUUCUUGAGGACAAUCCCCUGACAAACGCGGGCUUCGGCUCGAAUUUAAACACGAACGGCGAAGUGGAAAUGGACGCGUCUGUGAUGGACGGAAAGUCGUUGCUGUACGGCGGUUGCGGCUCCGUGCUCAAAGUUAAAAACCCUAUAGAAUUAGCAUAUCACAUUUGUUUGAACCAAUCGAAACCAUUGCCUUUGGGCCUGAUUCGACCCACAUUGCUCGUUGGCAAAGGCGGCCUGGAAUACGCCAAGGAGGCUGGACUGACGACUGUCACCAACAAGAGUUUGGUGAGCAAAAAAGCUCUGAAGGGGUUGCACAAGUAUAAGAACAUGUAUCAACAAACCACCGCAAAACUGGACACUGUGGGGGCCGUUUGCAUCGACGAGCGCGGGCACGUCGCCUCCGCCUGCAGUUCCGGCGGGCUACUCUUGAAGAAACCGGGAAGAGUGGGACAGGCGGCUUUGUACGCCUGCGGAACGUGGGCGGACAGUUUCAGUCCCGACGAACCCUGCGUGGCGGUCUCGACUACGGGCUGCGGUGAACAUCUCGUCCAGACUCAGUUGGCCAAAGAAAUUAGUGAAGAUCUGAAAUUUGAGACGUGUGAAACCACGGGAUUGCACAAAUCGAUGACUGAGAAGUUUAUGCAUUCACGGUACCUUCAUAACGUUGAGAACAAAUUGGCUGGGGCAUUGGUGAUACACGCUAAUGUCAAGAGGGAUGAAAUUAUGGUACUAUGGGGCCACAGUACACAAACCAUGAGUCUAGGAUACAUGACAAUAACAGACAAGUUCCCUAAAGGUGUGAUAUCAAAACUGCCAGAUGAUGUUUCACAGGGCCAGACAGUCAACGUGGGCGGAACAUACUUUUAUAAUAAAACUGAUGUAUCAUAAAAAGCAAUUUUAUUUAGGUAUACAAUAAUUUAAUAUUUGGUAAUAAAUAACUUAAUUUAAAAAGGUUUUGUAUAAAGAUUACAAAAUGUGCAUAUUAAAAUACUAAACUUCCUCACAUCUUUCUAAAACAUUUUUUGUCAUAAUUAUAAUACUCUAUCUGAAUAUAUUACAGUAAUCCGCAUAUUUCACUGGUUAUAAUUGUUCACUUGAUAUAAACUAAAAUCACAGAGUUGUUGCCUUUAAUUUAGAGCAAUAAUUAUGACUAAAACUGUUGGGUUAGUAUAAAAGUAUAAACUAACAAAUAACAAUCAAAAUUUCGUUUCUAAAUUUAUCACAAUUAGUACAUAACAAAUAAUACUGUAAUUUAAAAUCCAAUUCAAAUACUGUAAAAAGCAGUCAAUUUUAUAAUAUUUUGAUUUUCGAAUACUCAUAGGCAGGUACUAACAAGAAAUAAUGAUUGUUAUUAAAUCUUAAACCUAAGGACGUAUUUCCUCGCUGACUAAAAACUAUUUUUAAGGCAUUGAAAGGCAUUUUUUCACGUCUAAAAAAAUAAUGGAACAAUAAUGGUUAACUUUAAGCACAUUGGUAAGUACAUAAAAAUGGAAGUUCAAUAAAAAUUGGAGAGAUCAAGUAACUGUCGAUUUUUUACAUUAGCGGCCAUAAAAUAAAUUGAGGUAGCCCAUGUAAAUUAUUGUCUUUUAAAAAUCAUAUAUAAAUUACUAUAUAAUUUUAGGAACAUGAUCCAAAUUCUGAAUA